GAGGAGUUAUUUAAUUCCAUGAUCCGAACCGCUUACCUUUUUAGUCGCGGGGCGCUUGAGACGAUCCCAGUAGACAUUGGGCGAAGGCGGCCUCACCCUGGAGAGGUCGCCAGUCCAUCUCAGGGCACAUGUAGAGACAGACAACCAUUCACACCUACGAGCAAUUUAGAGUCCAAUUAACCUGCAUGUCUUCGGACAGUUGGAGGAAGCCGGAGAACCCACGCUGACACGGGGAGAGCAAACUCCACAUGGAAGGACAUGCCCAGAGCGGGAUCCAAACCCCGAAAGUUAUUAUGUUUAAUUUUCGGGUAACAGCACCACUUUGGUCCCUUUGCUGUACUAUUAUAAAUGUCAGAUCAUGUUAUUUAUACUAAAAUAGUUUUGGACUUAUGUAUUGAGGUCACUAUGGUUGCUUAAAGACUAGUUUAGACGUGUGCAAUGAACGGAUGCAAUGUCCAGUUUCUAAAGUGAAAGGUAAUUUAUUUCUAACAAACCAAUAAGAUACGUUCCCUUUCCAUACAUAUUUGUCUUAACCCAACAAAACAAAAGAAAUCAAAACAUAGGUUGUCACACAUUGUCACCUGUUCUCAUACGGUCAAAAACUGUGUGCUCCUGCCAGCCGAGCAACACCUCACGUAGUGCGCCUACUGAUUAUAUUGAACUCUUUCCUAAUUGAUAGUGGCCCUACGCCCCCGAGUGGUGAGAGGUUAAACAAAACUAAAAAACAAAAUGGCUCUGCUCUCGACAGCAGCAUACGUGAAUACACUGUAUGUACAUGUUGAUUUAAAAACUAAUAUUUAUAUUAUUUGAGUUCAAGUAAAUCAUAUAUUUAUUCUUGGGUUCAUUUAGGAACCUCUUAAUUUUCCUAUAACAAUCCCCCCAACACGUUUGUUAUUUAGUUUAAAGUGUUUGACUAAUAUAUGUGUCGUGUCUUGCCUUUUAAAACCAGCCGAGAUGGCCAAAUCUAAAUAAUGCGACUCCUGAAUCGGAAGCAGCUCGGAAUCCGUCUCCUCAUCGUGUUUCCCGACGGAGCUGUUUGCAGACGGAACCGGAAACGUGGUCAAUCACAACUUCCACACACAUACAUGUGUCGGAGGGUUUCGGGCUUGUUGCUUACCGUCUUAUUGAAUUUCAAUAUAAAGUUGACAUUAAUACAUUUAGUACCAGCAAACAACAGACUGACCCGAAGCUAGGAACGGCGGCGUCGUCAAGAUGGCGGAGAUCGUUCAGCAUCGCAUUGAGGAGAGGAUCCCUGAGUUGGAGCAGCUGGAGAGAGUUGGACUGUUCACCAAGAAAGAAGUCAAAUCCAUAAUCAAGAGAGCAACGGCUCUGGAGUACAAGCUUCACAGGUUGAUCGUAAACAAAGAGGACUUCAUUGCAUACAUUCAGUAUGAAAUCAACGUUUUAGAGCUGACCAAGAAGAGAAGAGCGCACAUCCACUACCAGUUCAAAAGAGAGGAGAUCGAGUUCCCCGUCAUCCACAGGAUAAAUAGCGUCUUCAGGAGAGCAACCAACAAGUGGAAGGACGAUGUGCAGCUCUGGCUCUCGCAUGUGGCUUUCUGUAAGAAAUGGGCGACCAAAGGGCAAAUCAGCAAGGUGUUCUCGGCCAUGCUCGCUAUACACCCCGACAAACCAGCCCUGUGGAUCAUGGCAGCCAAGAGUGAGCUGGAGGAUAGAAACUCCUCUGAAAGUGCAAGACACUUGUUCCUGAGGACUCUGCGCUUCCACCCCAACAACAAGAAAGUCUUCCAGGAGUACUUUCGGAUGGAGCUGCUGCAUUGCGAGAAGCUGAGGAAGCAGAAGAGCGAGCUGGAGAAAGCUGAGAUGGACCUGGGUGAAUAUGAAUUUUCUCAAGAGAUCCUUGGCGGCAAACUGGCUGAUGUUGUGUACAGAGAUGCUACGGAAAAAAUCAAAGAAGCACAGUUUGUCAUCUCACUUCUGAACAUCGCAGCUAUCUUCGACUUCACCAAAGACCUCCAGGACUUCAUCCUGCAAGAUUUACAGACCAACUACACAGCAGACGGCUUGACGUGGGAUUUCAUGGCUAAGAGGGAGCUGGAUGCUCCCGGGGCCGGGGAGGAGCUGCAGACCGCCAAAGGCCGAGCCUCGGACAUCAACCGCAGAGAGGAGCGCUGCUGCCAGGUCUACGAGGAGGGGGUCAAGAGCCUCAACGCCGAGCCCAUGUGGUCCUUCUAUGCAGCCUUCUGCUUGGAAAGGCUGAAGAGAAAGACCAACGUCGAAGAGCUGAAAGAAAAGAGGCAGCAGAGGCUGCUGGGAGUACUGCAGCGUGCCCACGACUCCUUACUGCUGAAGGAGGAUUAUUACAAGAACUGGUUGCAGAUCCUGCUCUCCACCGGAGACGCAGAGGGAGCGUCCGGCAUUGCCAUGGCGGCCGUGCGGCACUACAGCCAAUCGGCAGCGAUGUGGAGCCUGUGUCUGCGGACGCUGAUGCAGCUGGGGAGUGGAGAUGUGGGCAAGCUGUUCCAGGAGGCUCUCGCACACGUCCAUCCCAAGGAGAGUCUUCCACUCUGGCAGCUGCAGGUCCAGUGGAGCGUCGCCAGCCAGAGUCCAGAGGAGACGGACGCCGUCUUCCAGAGAGGUCUGCUGUCUACAGUCGCAGCAGUUUCCAUGGCGAUUAAAGAGAGCUACCUGGAUUGGUCGUACUCCACUGGUGGCUACAAGAAAGCGAGGAGGAGCUUCACGAGCUUACAAGAAAACCGUCCUUUGUCCAAGGCCUUUUUCACCAGAAUGAUUGAGAUCGAGAAGGAACAAGAGAAUCCAAGGAUGAAUGGUCUGAGAGACUACUAUGAGAGAGCCCUACAGGAGUUUGGUACCUUGGAUGACGAUCUGUGGCUGCAGUACAUCCAGGAGGAGCUGGGACCCCUCGGACAGCCAGAGAACUGCAGCAAGAUCCACUGGAGAGCCAUGAAGUUCCUGGAGGGGCAGAGCGUGGAGAGCUUCACCUCCAAGCACACGCUGAUGCAGACCGGACACUUAUGAGGGGUCCCGAGGGGCCCAAGUGGUUCAGAAACGGCAGCCAGCGGUCAACAUCUGGACCCCCAGUGCUGUGCCCAUCCAUGAAUUGUUUAUUUGCUUUCAACUGGAAAUGCUAGUGUUGCAGUUUCUGAAGUUUGCUGUCAAUUAAGAAAAAACAAGUGUUUGGGGUUAAAAUGUUCCUCUGAUAUUUGCGGCUUUUGAGCGGCCGUAUUUCUACAGCUGUAAUUCACAACUUUCCAUUUGUUUUCCCGUGCAGCCGUUGGUGCUGCAUUCGAUACCUGACUGAUGUUGGAUACACGUAGUGUCGUAAAAGGUGUCCAGUUUUAAUAGAUUCCACAUUUAUUUGGCGCUUUGAGAGGACACGCUUUUGGCUUCUCUUGGCGAUUUAUUAAAACAAGUCCAUCACUCUGA